AUGCAGGGGCGCGGGCGGGGCGCGGGCGUCGCGCGGCUGCAGCAGCGGCUCGGGGCCGCCACGCAGGAGAACGCCCGGCUGCGGUGCACCCUGCGGCAGGCCGAGGCCGGCGUCUCCCAGCUGCAGGCAGAGCUGGAGCGGCUGCGGAAGGACCUCGGGCAGCGGGCGCAGCGGCGCACGAGGUGGCACGCAGGAGAGCAGCAGGCCCUGCGGGAGCUGGCGGAGGAGAACCUGGCCUUCACGAGCUACGUCAGGACGCUGCAGGCGACGAACAGGAGCCUGUGUGAGAGCAACAGCAGCCUGCGCUCAGCCCUGCUGCUGGGCUCCUGCCUGGGCCCCGGAGCGCCAUCGCCCCCCCUCCAGCCCCGCAGCCCCCUCGCUGACCCCUCACCCUGCCUCCCCAAGGACGCCCACAGCAGGUACAGGGGGGGCUGCUCUCCACGCCCCCAGCUCCCCGCGACAGGCCCCCGGCAGAACUCAGCCUCCAGCACGGACACAGCCUCGCUCAGCGACGCCAGCAGCUGGAGCUCGGAGGACGCCCGUCCCACCAGCCCCUGCUGGGGCACCCAGGACCCUGCGCCCCCGGCAGAAGGCUGCUGCCACCCUGCGCAGCACUGCUGCAAGAGGAAGCUCCCUGCCUUCCCACCGGAGGGGUCCAGGGCAGCAGAGGAGUCUGCUCCCCCCUGCCCCAUGUACCGGCUGGUGCUGGCAGGUGACAGCGGCACAGGCAAGUCCAGCUUCCUGAUGCGCCUGUGCACGAAUGAGUUCAGAGACGUCUCUGCCACACUAGGGGUGGACUUCCAGAUAAAGCAGCUGCUGGUGAAUGGGGAGCAAACUACACUGCAGAUCUGGGACACAGCAGGGCAGGAGAGGUACCGGAGCAUCGCCCAGUCCUACUUCCGCAAGGCCCACGGCGUGCUGCUCCUCUACGACAUCAGCUCCCAGAGCAGCUUCCUCAGCAUCCGCCAGUGGAUUGAGGACAUCAAGUGCCUGGGACCAGCCAGGCCUUGGGGAGCACCUGGACCAAAAAGGGCAGAGCCCUGCAGCCCCAGAGGUUGCUCGAGCCAGGCUGUGCGCCCCGGAGCCACGAGCUGCCCCUCGCUCCAGCAGGCUGCUGAGACAGCGCUCCCGCUCAUGCUGGUGGGGAAUAAGACUGACCUGCGCCCCAGCCUGCCGGAGGCAGCGGGGGUCCGCACGGCCCACGGGCAGAAGCUGGCCAUGGUGAGCAGCCACAGCUCAGGACGGGGCCCAGGAGGGCCGGGACCUCCCCCCGACUCGCCUGCUCUCCCCCAGGCCCACAACUGCCUGUUCUGCGAGACCAGCGCCAAGGACGGCACCAACGUGGUGGAGGCUGUGCUGCACCUCGCCCGGGAAGUGAAGAGGACGGCGGGCUCGAGCAGCUCGAGCAGCGGCCGCGGCGUCCGCCUGGAUGUGAGCAUCCCUCCCCCGAGGGCAGCUCCGCGCUGCUGCAGGGCCUAGCGCAGGAGGCGGGCGGGCUGCAGGACAUCGCCCGCCCCCGGCC